GCGCGCCGCGCACAAGUCCGCUGCAGACAUCUUCGAGCUUCGCCUCUGUUAAGGGCCAAAAGCGCCGCGUCGCGAGCGGAGGGCUGCCGCGCCGCGAUGGCGCGCUACUACGGCGCGGCCCUGGCGGCGCUGGCCGUCGCCGGCGCCCAGGACGUCUCCCGGGAGUGCAAGAUGAAAUGUAACGAGGCGCUGGGCAACCUGCCGCAGGCCCUGGACUGCCGCGACUGGCGCAUGAUGCUGCCCCGGCCCAAGGUCGGAAAGGCGUGCACGCAGGCGUACGACGACGCCGCCUUCGCGGUCUGCACGGCGCGGUGCGAGGGCCGCGAGCCGCCGCGCAAGGAGGCGUUGACGGGCAACUUCUGCCGCGAGUACACCGCCAAGACGCCGAAGCCCACGAUGGGCAAGAGCUGCCGGAGCGGCUACGCCAAGGGCUUCGACAAGGGGCUCUUAAUUGACGUGGGCCGGAGCGCGCCGGAGCCGGCCAAGCCGGAACCGAAGCGCGCGCCGGAGCCCGAGCCCGAGCCCGAGCCGGAAAAGCGGGAGGCGCCGCCGUCGCCGGAGCCCGCGAGCACCGAGCCCAAGCUGCUCGUUUCGCUGCCUGUUACGGUUGACGACCAGGAGAUUUACCUCCAGGUCUUCGAGGGCGAGGACCACAUGAAGAAGAUCGAGGCCUUCUGCAUGCAGUACAUGGCCGACAGCUCGAGCUCGUGCGUGACGCAGCUCACGCCCCACGUCGAGAAGAAGCUCUAG